GUGCUGCACUUUAUUAAUACAGCAUUUCGCCUGGUGGAAGCUACGACGGAUCACGAACUCAGGUACAGGCGACUGUAGACUGUAAUUCGGGAAUGUCUUCACUCAGUUAUAACAUCAGACCUCUUGGUUUCAACUCUCAAUGUAUAGACUUUGGUGAAUGGAUCGCGAUUCUCACUCUUUGUCUUGCGCCAUUGAUUGUACACAUUGUUUCUGGAGCGCCUCCGCCGUCAAUUCUAUCCCAUACUCUCCCUCAAUGGCACGACAACUUAUGCCACUACAAUCCAACGUCCAUUGUUUGGCGAUAUGCAGCUAUUGCCGACCGACGCAUUCGUGCUACACACUGGACACAUAUCGACCUUGCAGCUAGCAAUGCUAUCUUCUGGACAGAAAGAGGAUGGGAUGGGGGUGAGGAGAUGAUCGCUACAGCCGCUCCACAUUGUCUACGCCACCCGGAUCACUCUUAUGUGCGCAUUUUCUCCCUCACAUCGCUCAGGACCCUCGUCACAACACUACAAGGCUUGGCGGCACUGUAUACGCUCAUAGGAUCUCUCUUGGGAUUGAGGGUCAACUGGAUUGGACUGAUGGGUGUGGAUAUGAUAUUCUAUCCCCUGGCCGUUCUGGGUCUACUACGACUCUGGGCAGGCCUAUGGCUUACCGACGAUUUCGAGUACGGCUUAGCAGAGCAGAGUACCAAGCGAUAUCCACUCCGGAGUCUGUCUUCCUCAAAGACAUUUGGUAUCGAGACUCCGAUUACGAGCUCAUAUGAAGCCCUCGACCCCUUCUUAUCGACGCCCUCCCGUCCUUCGGAAUUCAAAUCCCCUAAUCGCUCGAUCCCCAGCAUUGUCUUCCGGCUUUUUUUCGUCCUGCUUGUCGCUGCAUUCACCGCGCUUGUCGUCGUAUUUCUAACUCCGAUGAGUAUGUCAGAAAAUAUAUCCUUCUCGGUGACCUCAUUCCUCGUCGGCAUAUUCUACCUCUUCUUCCUCCUCAUAUCAGUCGUACUGUACGCCAUUUACUUCAUCCGCGGUAGAACUACUUCAACACUCAUCCCAUGUAUCUCAAGCCUAUGGUACAAAAUUUACACCGCCGUACUCUUCGGCCUCAUGGUCGUCUUAAUCGUGAUCGCAAGCGUCGAGACAGGCAAACUUCCCAACGGCCAAUACGCAAGCGUCAAGAUGGCAGUUCCGUUGAAAUGCAAUGAAUUCUCCAACUGGGCUACUUUUUCGAGCUUGUCCAAUUACUACAUUGCCUCUCCUGUUGUACAGGAGGGUCGCAAAGUACCUGCGUAUCCGUUGCCGGGAGCGGGAUCUCCAAAGAACUUUACGGGUCUGACGGCGGGGGAUACUUCGGGGAUUGGAGAGAAUGAUACGUUGUUGGAUGACCGGUAUUUGUUGUAUAAUCUCACAGGAUUCUGCGUGGGGAAUUUUCAAGAGGCGAAACGGAAAUGAGGGAUGGAGAUGGAGUGAUGUCGGAUGGAAAACUGCAGUUUUUAAAUACGAACAGCCCAUUUCAAAGCAGUGCUGGGCGAAUUGAUGGAUGAUGAUAUCUACGUUCGAUAAGUGUAAACAAGGGUCAAGACGACGAGCUGCCAAAAGCCGACCGUACGGGGUCAGUAAGAUCGCAUGUUGCGACUAGAAUGCCGAGCCAGGGCGUAUCAUGAGCGAUACCGGCGAGCUUUAUGAACUAGCAAUUUCUCACAAUCUUAUCCAGCGCGUGGGAUUGUCAUUCCACUUCUAUCAAAAGUGGCACAUCUCCAUCGAACGAUUUGCUUGAAGAAGAUAGCAGUUUCAUCCUGCUGAAUUAAUGGACUUACAACAGAGUAAAAUCAUACAAUUUAACAAUACAACAUCCA